GGUUUCAUCCAGUUUGCGUUUGCUAGUCCUCAGGACAGGAAGCAGGCCGACAGCUCGUGAAGAUGGAGCUCGGUCCAGACUCUGCUGCCCGUCUUGUAGACAUAUGACAUCCGCAGUGUCACGGUGCGGGUUCCGCGCGCUCGGGGCAUGAAGCGCCUGUGGACUGGGGUCGGACAUGCUUGUAGCCGGCUGCUAUUAGCUUAGCUCCUGCUUCUCUCGCUGCAGGAACAACGUCUGGCUGCUGGAGGCUCAGCUGAUCCGCUGCAGAGCGACUGGAUGAUGCUGAGGCCUUAACUGUCAGCUCGGUGACGCUGCGCUCGCUCAACAAAAUCAGCUGAUGUCAUCCAUUGCUGACAUGUCGUCGCAGCUCCAGGUCUUCUCCUCCCCCUCCGUUUCCUCCAGUGGCUACUCUCGGCCAAAGAGGCUCAAAGUUGAGAACCCUUCGUGGGACGUCUCCAACCAGUUGGCGGAUAGCGGCUACUAUCAGCAGAGCCCCUCCCAGGGAGCCGCCCCCUCCACCUCCGGCUCUAACUUUGACCUGGUGUACAACUCCAACCAGGUUCCCCCUCCUACAGCCGGCUCCAGGGAGCAGACGGUGGUACGGGCCGCGGACAGCACAGGACACGCUUCCUCCUCCUCUUCUUCCUCCUCCACCUCCUCCAGCCGACACGUCAAGGAUGCGGGUUCCUCCUCGCAGCACUGCGAGAUUUACCAAAAGCAAUACAGCUUGAAGAGGAAGAGCGAGGAGGUGGACAGCAGCGACAGCGUCCAGAUACUGGAGGAGCUCUCUGCGCCUGUGGUGUCGAACCGAGCCGGCGGAGGAGGGGGAACCACUACAGCUCAGUCCAUCGCUCACUCCACCUCCACCACCAAAAGUAGCAACUCUCACAGCGAGGGAGACUACCAGCUGGUCCAGCAUGAGAUCCUGUGCUCCAUCUCCAACAGUUAUGAGGUGCUUGAGUUCCUGGGGCGCGGCACUUUUGGACAGGUAGCAAAAUGUUGGAAACGGGGAACCAAUGAGAUCGUUGCCAUUAAAAUACUGAAGAACCAUCCAUCUUAUGCUCGGCAAGGCCAAAUCGAGGUGAGCAUCCUCAGCAGGCUGAGCACUGAGAACGCCGAUGAGUUUAACUUUGUGCGCUCAUAUGAGUGUUUCCAACACAAGAACCACACGUGCCUGGUGUUCGAGAUGCUGGAGCAGAACCUCUACGACUUCCUGAAGCACAGCAAGUUCAGCCCUCUGAUGCUCAAGUGCAUCCGGCCCAUCCUGCAGCAGGUGGCCACGGCGCUGAUGAAGCUGAAGAGCCUGGGCCUGAUCCACGCCGACCUGAAGCCUGAGAACAUCAUGCUGGUGGACCCUCUGAGGCAGCCGUACAGGGUGAAGGUCAUCGACUUUGGCUCCGCCAGCCACGUGUCCAAAGCGGUUUGCUCCACCUACCUGCAGUCCAGAUAUUACAGAGCUCCAGAGAUCAUUCUAGGUCUCCCUUUCUGCGAAGCGAUCGACAUGUGGUCUUUGGGGUGUGUCAUUGCCGAGCUGUUCCUGGGAUGGCCCCUUUAUCCGGGAGCAUCGGAGUACGACCAGAUUCGAUAUAUUUCUCAGACACAGGGUCUCCCAGCAGAGUACCUGCUGAGCGCAGGAACCAAGACCAGCCGCUUUUUCAACCGAGGCCCCGACUCCAGCUAUCCUCUCUGGAGGCUGAAAACUCCUGCAGAACAUGAGGCUGAGAUGGGCAUCAAGUCAAAGGAGGCAAGAAAGUACAUCUUCAACUGCUUGGAUGAUAUGAUGCAGGUCAACAUGACCAGCCUAGAGGGCACAGACAUCCUGGCAGAGAAGGCCGACAGACGAGAGUUCAUCGACCUGCUAAAAAAGAUGCUAACUCUUGACGCCGACAAGAGGAUCACGCCCAUGAAGACGCUGAACCAUCCCUUUGUUACCAUGACGCACCUCCUGCACUUCCCCCACAGCUCACACGUGAAGUCUUGCUUCCAAAACAUGGACAUAUGCAAACGUAGAUGCAGCGCAUUUGAGAACGGGAAGAACAUGUUUGCGAGCAGCAGCACCCCGAGCGCAGCCGCCAACCUCACCGUCACGUUCAGCAGCCAGCUGAACCAACACAAUCAGAUGGCGUCAACAGGAGGCCAGUCGCUGUCGCUCAGCAGCAAUGUCCCACUGCUCAACUAUCAGCCGGGUCUCUAUCAGCAGGCCACCAUCAACAUCCCAGGCCUGACUCAGCAGAGCGUCCCGCUGCAGACCAGACCGACUCAGCUGUGUGCGCAGACGGAACCGUUUCAGCAGACGCUCAUCGUCUGCCCUCCCACCAUCCAGGGGCUCCAAACUACCAGUAAGCCUUCCGGUUACCCCGUGAGAAUGGAUAAUUCUGUACCCUUAGUGGCUCAAAACCAGUCCUCCCAGUCUCUUCACAUCCAGCCCAGCAUGCUGACUCAGCAGGGCUGGCCAGCGGGGACACAGCAGAUCCUCAUCCCUUCCACCUGGCAGCAGAUGCCCGGCAUGUCCAUCCACAACCCGGGUCAGGCCGUGGUCCCCGAUUCGCCUGUCGGAGCUCCGCUGUCUGAUGGCCAACAGGCCGCUGGAUGGAGGGGUCGUCAUGGCAACCAGUAUGAAGGAGGCAGCCAGCAGGACUCCGGUGCCAGCCGCCAUUCCGGCGUGCAGAACCACAGCUCAGGGGGCGCUCAUGCAAGAUCCCAACAAGGCAAGAGAUGGAAGGGUCGACAUGGCGACGGCAGAGCCAGGCUGCAUUCGGCCUCCACUGUCGUCCACAGCGCUUCUCUCCCCGGUGACCAGUCUCAGCCGAUCAUCAUCUCCGACACGCCGAGCCCCGCCGUCAGCAUCAUCACCAUUCACAGUGACUCGGAGGACGAGGGUGAGACAAAGGUCAUGGCUGCCUGCUCUGGAACGAGCCAGAGAACAAACGUGAUCAGCUGCGUGACGGUGCACGACUCCCAUGACUCGGACUCUUCCAGCAACAGCAGCCCCCUGAGGCCUGAGACCAACUCGCAGCCCUCCAAGUCUCUGGCCAUCGUCAUGCCCUCGGUGAAGACUCAACCCGUGGAGAGCUCAGCCAGCAAGUCCACCGCAGCUUUAGAUCAGGCAGCUGGCGUCUCUGCAAAGUCCAAGAAGGCGUCUGCCCAAUCGUCCUGCAGGUCCGGUGAUUCCACCGCCGAUCGUCAUCAGCGGGUGGCGUCCAGCAGAUCUCAGCCCCUCAACCUCAGUCAGGUGCAGCAGUCUUUGAUGCCAUCGCACGGUCAUACAGGAAGUAGUGGCUCCUUACGCCGUCAGCCCACGUACCCCCCGCCCGUUUCCUCCCACUCGUCUUACCGCCUUCAAGACGGCGCCCUCUUCAGUUCGACCCCGAACCUGUACACCUACCCGGCCUCGGCCGCCCUGGCCUCCGUGUCGCAGGCCGUGGAUCAGAUGCAGGGCGGCAGGCCAAGCGGAGGGUUCUCCUCUCUGGCUCUGCUGCAGAAGAACGCCAGCUUGGCCCUCGGAGGCUCAGCAGCCGGACAGUACAGCAACCAACAGCCCUUCCAACGAUCCAGUGCUGCGUACCAGAGAAAACUCAACCAGUAUCCCCCUUACCUGUGACAGCUGGCUUAGCGACACCGUCAUCGGGAACCAAGCCCUUCCCAGAGCGUGCCGUUAUUUUAAACCAGGCUCUAGGUCAUUUAAAUCUGCUGCAUCACUGUGACGAGCAGCGCAGCCGUUUGGGGAGAGUCGACCUACAUCCUAAAUUAAAACUAGAUGUAGGCUCUGUGCUGCUUUUCAUUUAGUUUUAAUUUGGACUGACUCUUAUUUCUUUUACAUUUAUAGAUCCACUGCCUUAUAAGGGCAGCUUCCUUUAUUUAAAUAUGUAACGUCUGCACAUUGUGGUAAGUUGGAUUAAUACGUUGGAGUAAUGGAUGUGGUGUUUGUAUUUUAACUUUAUUCUCAAACAUAAGAACAUUAACGUGCCGUGCUCUGUACCGAU